AUGAUGAACUCCAAGGUUCUUCCUAAUAAGUACGCCCUAGUAACUCUGGCCCUGGUGGCUUUCGCUUGUUCUCUCACCUCUGCUAAUGACCCCAGUCCCCUGCAGGACUUUUGUGUUGCAAUCGACAAUCAUGUUUCUGCUGUAUUUGUGAAUGAGAAGUUUUGUAAGGAUCCAAAGCUUGUCAUUGCUGAUGAUUUUUUCCGCUCGGUGAACAUUCUCGGAAACACAUCAAAUAAAGUGGGGUUGAAUGUCACAGCUGUGACUGUGGAACAACUACCAGGCCUCAACACCCUAGACAUAUCCUUAGCUCACAUCGACUUUGCACCACAUGGCUUAAAUCCUCCCCACACCCACCCUCGCAGCACUGAGUUUCUUAUAGUCAUAGAAGGUACUCUUCAUGUUGGCUUUGUCACAUCCAAUGCAGACGGUAACCGCCUCUUCACCAAAGUUCUAAACAAGAGAGACGUCUUUGUAUUUCCAAUUUGUUUCAUUCACUUCCAGUUAAAUGUGGGAAAUACUAAGGCCGUUGCCUUUGCUGGUCUUAGCAACCAGAAUCCUGGGGUUAUCACCAUAGCCAACACAAUCUUUGGAUCCAAUCCUCCCAUCAAUCAAGAUGUUCUCACCAAGGCCUUCCAAGUGGACAAGAAUGUAGUUAACUAUCUUCAACAUCAGUUCUAA